AAUGCUGACAGGUUGCGUAGCGCGGCCCUCAUCGUGUCGUUGUAUAUGCGGCAAGGGAUUUGUGGCAUUCGGGUAGAAUAAAUGCUGGAUUUCACGCAUUUUAUCGAUGGUUUUCUCAGUUUCGGUUUUAUAAUCAGCAUGUUCUUUACGCAAGCCAAUAAUUGUUUGUUCUUUUUGCGUAAGUUCAUUCUGCAUAACGCUGAAUGAUUUCUGCAGUUGCUCUAAUUGAAAAUAAUAAUUCAAAAUCUACAACCGCAUAUCUGGACAUAAAACAAUAUGCCAAGAAUCAGUUCGAGUAGAGCAAAUCGCAACGAAUCAAAGUCAAAACAAGUUGCAUUGCAACAACACAACAUGAAGCCCACUGAAAGAAAUAGCCCGGAAAAAGUAUUUGUUAAUUCACAAAAUAUUCAAGUAGCUCUACAGUCGUUUAUAAAGCGGCAUCGUAGCAGCUUACAAAAACUAAUGGAACAAAAUAAUAAGUUGGGGCAACAAAACGCGCUCCUAAAUGCACAAUUGAGCAAUCAACAGGGCACCGUGCUGGCGGUAAAUGAAAAAUUUCUGCCGGCAACAAGGAAAUUACCAAAUACAAAGAAGAUCAACCCCAUUUGAUGGAGAGUAAAAGCUUACUGCGCACUGAAUUGUUUGCUUAUAAAAAGCGCUAUGGUGAAUUGCUGGUUUUCAGUGGAAAGGAGCUGAAGGAGUGUGGUGAAAGGGAGAAAGUGUUGAAAAAUGAGCUUGAAGUAAUUCGUAAAGAAUUGCAAGACAAGCACGUUGAAUUUGAACACAACAAUGCAGAGUUAAUUCAGACCAGAAUUGAAAUCAAUGAAAGUAAGCUGCCACUGUGGAAGGACUGUGAAGCCACCUUAAAUAGACGAUACCAGCAAUUAUCAGCGGAAGGAGCCUCACAUUCUAGGACGAACAAUAAGGGAGGCCUAUAAAUAUACUUUGUGGCAUUCUGCCUAUAUUGGUUUUAUGUAUGCUAUGUUUCACUUUUCUAUUUAUUUACUUUGAAUUUUUUUCUUCACCUUUUUACCGCGCUGACGCAUUACUUUGCCCGCCGGCUGUUGAUGACAACCUUAAUGAUGUGCCAUGAAUAAUAUUCUUCGUUUGCUGUUAAAAUUUAUCAGCGUUUACGAACGCUUUAAAAUGCUCAAUCACGGACGUAAGGUGAAUUUCGUCGACACAAUGUUUCAAAUGCUCGAAAAGUAUUCGAAUAACUUGGAGGAGCUGAUACGGGAGCGCACAGAUCAAUGGGAUAUUGAGAGGAAGAAAACUGAACAGUUAUUAAAUCGCAUGCUACCCAGUUCGGUGGCGGAAAAAUUGAAAAUGGGUUUGGUCGUCGAACCGGAGGAAUUCUCCGACGUAACAAUAUAUUUUAGCGACAUCGUUGGUUUUACAACGAUUGCUGCGCACUGUAGUCCCGUACAGGUUGUGGAUCUGCUUAACCAUCUCUACACAAUUUUCGAUACGACUAUCAACGCAAGGUGGAAACCAUACAAUAGAACAGCGCGGACUAAUUGAAAUAAAAGGAAAGGGUAUGAUGAACACUUUUUGGCUGUUGGGAAAGAAAGGUUUUGAUAAGCCAUUGCCUGCACCGCCACCAAUUGGGUAAGUCUAAAGGCUAAGUCAGUUUUAUUAAAACUCAUAUUUAUUUGAAAUAUUUAUACUUUAACAUGCUUACUCAGUGAAUUACACGGUCUCGAUGAGUCUCUUAUCCGCAACUCGAUCACACUCAAAGCACAAGCGAAUAAAUCAGGCAACAGCACCAAGCAACCCCAAGUCAAUCUUCGUCGCUGGCCGGCGAAUCGGUCGAGGUGAAAGUGGAGAUUACAGCACCCACCAAUGCGGACAUUUGCUCGUCGAGCUUGCCAAACUCAUACUCAUUAGACUCUACCUCUACAAAUACAAUCAGUCCAAAUGUCACAUUAUGUCCAGAUUUCCCCACGAAGAUUUCAAACGCCAGUCCGCAAUCACGUAAAAUGUCCGAACUCUCACCUGAGAGCUUGCUCACGCCAGGCAAU